AAAACUAUGUCCACUCUCUCUUACUCCUCUUGUCUUCGUCUUCUUCUCUAUUAAUCAGGAAAAAUGUUUCAAUUUUUUUAUUAAAAAAUAUAAUUAUUCUUUUGGGAAGGGGAAAUGGAGUUUGAGGAUCAAGAAGAGCAAGAAGAGGAGAUGGGUUUGGCCCCGAGUUACGACUCGCUGGGUAACUCAUCUAGAGUCAGAACGUCAGGUGUUGAACCGGGUUCAGUAACUUCAGCCGGUCAACAGCAGAGGAAGCCUAGUUAUAGGGAGUGCUUGAAAAACCAUGCCGUGGGGAUCUGUGGUCAGGCUGUCGAUGGUUGCGGUGAGUUCAUGCCGGCUGGAACUGAAGGAACCCUCGACGCUCUCAAAUGCGCUGCUUGUAACUGUCAUCGUAACUUCCACCGUAAGGAAUCGGAGCUUCCCACCACGGACCUCUACUUCCCCCAGCACCACCUCCACCACCAGCCUCCGCAAUUCACGCCUUACUUUAGAGCACCAACAGGUUACCUCCACGUCGCUGGACAUCAAAGGCCAUUAGCUUUACCGUCAAUCUCAGGAGGACACAGCAGGGAAGAUCAAGAGGAUGUUUCCAACCAAGGGAGCUCAAGGAAGAGAUUCAGAACAAAGUUCACGCAGGAACAAAAGGAUGAGAUGUUGGCGUUGGCUGAGAGGUUAGGGUGGCGUCUUCAAAAACACGAUGAAGAGAUUGUUCAACACUUCUGCAACGAAACGGGGGUCAAAAGGCAUGUUUUGAAAGUUUGGAUGCAUAAUAACAAGCACACUCUUGGUAAGAAACCCUAGAAACAGCUUGUUCGUGUUAUUGAGAGAGGAAACAAAAAA